AUGGCGUCCAAGUCGCAGCCGGCCUCGGGCUCAAAGCCUCCCCAUCGCAUCGUCACCACCCCCUCCAACAGCACGCUCAAGAUCACCACAAGCAUAAACGGACAGGUGCACACCCUCGUCUAUACCAACCAAGCUGUCGAGCUGGCCGAGAGCAACUACCCACUCCGUUUCUACUUUCCGCCCGAAGCCGUUCAGCCUCCAUUCUCGCUCGUCCCAAGCGAGCGCGACGAAACUUUCUGCCCCUACAAGGGCUUUGCACAGUACUUUGAUGUGCUGCUCUCUGGACAGCCAGUAGAGAGGCUCACCGCUGCCAUCUGGUCCUACUCUGCACCGUUUUCCACAAGCGAUGCCAACGACGUCCGCGGACUUCUCUGCAUUGCUGCUCCAGCUCCCGGACUCAACGUCACGCUCAAUGGCUCUCGGCUCACCGAAAGCGACGUGCGCGCCAUGAGUGACUCUUACCUUGCUUCGUCUUCGUCCAGCGUCUCUUCGCCCUCCAUUCCGCGCCACGUCAUGGAACAAGAACGCCGCUCGCGCGCCGCCAAACGCGCCCAAGCCUCCCUCCAGCCCCCAGCCAUGAAGCGAUCCGUAAGCGCCGGUUCAUCUGCUCCGCCCGAGUCCUUCCCCAUCUCACGUCCCUUGGGAGGCGAACUCGAGAUCGACUCCACCAAUCCUGUCGUUGCCGACAUGAUCUACCGCCUCGACGAUGAAGCGCAAGAGCAACAGCGCGACCCUGAUUCCUCCGCAGCCGGCGCAGACUCCCAAGAGGCUCCGGUCGAUGACCAUCUGCUGUGGUUCAAGCACGAGCCCUGGUAUCGCAGGCCGUCCGAGAAAUGGCUCCGUCCCUUUGCCCUCGUCAUCUCCAUGGCUGGCGGCAUGUGCAUGGGCCCCAAACUCGAGCUGCUCAACAUGUUUGUCUGCGAAACCGUCCUCGGCGACAGCUACGUCGGUGGCGGAGACAUCAUUGCGCCCCAACCACCCACGAAUGCCACUGCGCUACACUCGUCCCUCACGCAGCCGUCAGCUCACUCGGCUGCACACAUGGCACAUUUCCAGCCCUGGUCGCUCGAUGCCUCCGUCGACGUCGACGCCGCCGCCGACAACGACGCCGUGAAGCAUUACAUGGCCAGUCUCGACCGUCCAAACUCCUCCCCAAACUCGACCGUCAUCCCCGUUCCACGCCGCCCAAGCAAGGCGUGCUUCGCCAGCCCAGAGGUGCAGUCCUCGCUCGCCACGCUCCAGCUCCGCAUGACCCUCUCCAUGGGCAUCCUCGCCGCCCUCACCACGGGCUUCUGGUCCAACCUCUCGUCGCGAAUUGGUCGCCUCCCCGUGCUUCGCAUCUCGAUGGCCGGCAUCGUCUUCACCGACCUCGUCAUCCUCACCGCCGCUCUCGUCCCACGCUCCCAACUCCCCUUUGGCUACAGCUUCCUCGUCCUCGGUACCACCGUCGAAGGCUUGCUCGGCGGAUACAGCGCCGCUAUCGCCGUACACCAGUCGUACAUCUCGGACGUCACCCCGAGCGGCACACGCGCACACAUCUUUGCUCACUUUAUGGGCAUCGUCUAUCUCGGUCUUGCCGUGGGUCCCACGCUGGGCGGCCUCAUCGUCAAGCAUACGAACAACAUCCUCGCGCCUUUCUGGUUCGCACUUGCCAUGCAUCUGCUCUACGUCCUCGGCAUCUUUACCUUCAUCCCCGAAAGUACCAACAAGGAGUUCCGCGAAAAGGCGCGCAAAGAGUACAUCGAGUCUCGCGCAGAGAUCAAACGCAAGGCCGAGGCGCGCAAGACCGCCGAGCUGCAGCCACUGCUCAACUCGCGCAACUGGGAGGGCGACCACCGCCCCUUCAACAGGCGCAUCUGGAAGCGCGUCAAGGUCGCUUUCAUGGGCAGCGUCCUCUAUGCACCACUCGAGCCGCUCAGCUUCCUCCUGCCCAAAAAGGUGGUGGUGGCAGAUGAAGAAGACGAGGCUGCGCAGGCCAGCGGUGCAGCUACGCCAAGAGGUCUCGCGCCACCCGAAGCGUCUGCGUCGCACAUCUCGGUCUCGCGCGUCCCGCCCACGACGCGCUACGACUACAACCUCUCCUUCCUCUCGCUCACCUACUUCACCGAGACCGCCGUGUUUGGCAUCAUGUCAUUCAAGAUGCAGUACGCACAGGAGCGUUUCAUCUGGGGCUCCGCCGAGCUUGGCAUGUAUCUCACCUUCCUCAGCAUCACGCGCGUCCUCGCGCUCACCUUCAUCCUGCCCGUUGCGAUCAAGUUCCUGCAUCGACCCGUCAAGGCACUGCGGCUGCCCCAGGACGGGCCUGCCGUCGAGGAGGAGCAGACACUCGCGCCCGACUCGCGUCGACAGUCGAUGCUCGACGACGAAGGUCGUCUGCACCGUGGCACCAGUGGGUACGGCGCCAUAGAUGAUUCUCGCUCGACCAGCGAGCAAGGCGAGGAGGCAGAGUGGGAUGCCACCAAAAAGUCGGUCGAGGAGUUGUGGACGCUGCGUGCCAAACACCUGCGUCUUAUCCACGACAGCAAGUUCGACCUCAAGCUCGCCAAGAUCUCGGUGACGGUCAACACGCUCUCGUACGUGCUGCUCGUCUUCUCGGGUACGCCCGAGACAUUCUUCCUUUCGACGGCCAUUACGGCGCUGGGUGGAGGAGGCGGUGCAGCCAUGUCGUCGCUUGCCCUGGCGUUGCUCAAGUCGCCCGCCGAUGCAGGCAAGCUAUUUGGCGCAUGGAGCAUCACCUCCGCCAUAUCAGGUACCGUUGUAGGUCCCAUCUUGUUCGCAGAGGUCUUCCGACGAACCACAAAGACGUUUCCCCCGGCGAUCUUUAUCGUGGGCGCAGGGAUGUACCUCGUGGCGUUCUUUUUGCUGUGCUGCGUCAAGGUGCGCAAACCCAUCAGCCUGCCUCCCCUCCCUGCGCGCCCCCAUCCAGCACCCAGCGCAGAACAGCAACCAGCCGAGGAUGGCGCACAGGCUACAACGUACAGGAGCUCGACGUUCAAGAAGGGUUUUAGCCUCAAGACGGUCAAGGGCAAGAGCGCGAGUGCCGGCCAGCGGGCAGCCAUUCCUGCGUUUGAGUGA